AUGUUAGUUAAUGAGAACAAUAACGAACUGGCAUGGCCAGAAUUAGUUAAUAAAUUAGUUAUGUUUUCGGUUUUUCAGUCUGUUACUUCUAUUUCUUUAUUAUUUAAUCUGUGCUUUUGCUUAAAUCCAAAAAACCUAGACUCGUCAUCAAUUACAGGCGAAUGGUCUUCUGCUGGAGCUACCUGGUAUGGCAGCCCUGAUGGCUAUGGAAGCGAUGGAGGGGCUUGUGGAUACGGCAAUGCAGUAGGACAAGCUCCAUUCUCUUCCAUGAUUACGGCAAUUGGCCCAUCUCUGUACAACAACGGCAAAGAAUGUGGAGCCUGUUAUAAGGUCAAAUGUACGUCAAACCCAGCUUGCUCCGGCAAAUCGGUAAGGGUGGUGAUAACGGAUUAUUGCCCCGGAGGUGUUUGUGCGUCGGAUUCCGCACAUUUUGAUCUCAGUGGGACUGCAUUUGGUGCCUUGGCAGUUUCUGGUGAAGAAGGCAAACUUCGUGACGCAGGAGUCUUGGAAGUUAAAUAUUCACGGGUGACAUGUGAAUAUCCAGGAAAGAAAAUAGCAUUCCAUGUGGAUCAAGGCUCAAACCCUUACUACUUUGCUGUGGUGGUUGAAUAUGAAGACGGAGAAGGAGAUCUUUCUGGUAUUGAUCUGAAGGAGGAGGGCUCAGGGUCCGGUGAAUGGCGCGCCCUGCAGCAAUCAUGGGGUGCAACUUGGAAGCUAGACGCCGGCGGAGAACUACAUCCUCCACUCUCCAUUCGACUGACCAAUGGUGGCGGCCAUAAAAUUGUGGCAAAAAAUGUGAUUCCAGAAGGGUGGCAAGCUGGUAAAAGCUAUAGAUCUAUUGUUAAUUACUAA